GUUGGUAUUACAAGUGCAAAAUGUUUUACUUGCAAAUGAAAUUGAUUUGCUUAUUUGUAAUUUUGUGCACAACACAUGGAAUAUUGACGGUUUUUCAUCUCUUGUGGCUGACAAUGAUCUUGCUGCCACAAACAACUAUGAAAUUUUGUGGGAAAUAUUUCAUAAUAAACUGACAAAAACAUUAAAAAAAAAACAACAACAACACUCAAGUCCGGUCAACUAAUAUGGACCUCAGGAUCCCGUUCCUGAAAGUAACAAUGCCGGACUAUGGAAUGUCCUUUAUGCCAAACUCAAUAUUCUUCUAAAUGAUACAGCAGAACUGAGCGAGAGUAUUGCUAUUCUUAGGCAAAGGCAAGAUGACCAAGAAAAUAAAGUUGCCAUUUUAGUGCACAACCUUAUGGAGGAUGCUAAUCGUUUGAUGGAAACUGGUCUGGACAAGUUGAAAGAAAAACAAGAAAUUGAAGAAACCCGAAUAAUGAAUUUAGUUCAAACCAUCUCCACAGAUGCCAAAGAAUUUAUGACAAGUGGUCUUGAAGAAUUAGAAAAGAGACAAAAACUUCAAGAGAGUCAUGCUAAGGACAUGUUACAAUCCCUUAGCCAAAGUGCCAAACAAUCAUUGGAUGACAGCAUUAUGGAGCUACAAAAAAGAUUAACUGAUCAAGAAGCCAAUGUUCGAAAAUUAAUGGACACCUUAUCUACUGAUGUGAAGAAAUACAUGGACGAAAAUCUAACUGAACUAAAAGAAAAAUUGUAUGCUGAAGAAAAACGUGUUGCAAGUGUUGUCAAAACCUUUGCCUCAGACGCUCACAAUUCUAUGGUGCAAAAAUUGGAGGAGGUUAAGAUAAACUUUCAAACCGUAGAAGAAAGGCAAUUACAACAACAUGAUUUAUCUUUGCAAAUUCUUGAAAAUACCCAAUCCGGAUCAGGCUCUGGUGGAGUUCCCUUGGAUUCUCGUUCUCUGAACUAUCAUCGUGAAUGGACUACCAUCUCUAGACGUCUAGAUGGUUCUGUUGCUUUUGAUUUGGCCUGGGAUGACUAUAAGAAAGGUUUUGGCCAUGUCAAUGGAGAAUUCUUUAUUGGUUUGGAGAGAUUACAUGCCUUGACCACCUAUGGUGGUCCUCAAGAACUUUUGGUUGUUCUGGGAGAUGGUUUGAAUCAGACCCGCUAUGCCAAAUAUGAUGUCUUCCAAGUCGGCAGUGAAGCUGAAGAGUAUGCCAUCAAAGAAUUGGGAGCCUAUAGUGGAGAUGCUGGCGAUUCACUAAGGGCCCAUUUGGGUAUGGUCUUUGUAACCAAGGAUAGAAAUCCCGAUAAUUGGAUAAGUGUGCGUGGUGGUGGAUGGUGGCGUUCCCAGUAUUCAAUGUGUGAUUUGCAUUCCUAUUAUAAUCCUGUAGAUGGAAUUUAUGGAAUUUUCUGGGCAACCUGGAAUAAUUGGCAAUACACGUUGUCCCGUGCCGAAAUGAUGAUACGCUCCAAAGUGUGAAAAUUUCCAUUUCAAACAAAAGAAAC